GAUGCCCAGCGUUCCCCAUCAUUGUGGAUACUAGCCAAGUCAGAAAGUGUGCAUUCAUGCACUCUGCUGGAAGUACCUUUCGUUGGGGCAACUCUUCUACCCAGUCUUAACACGGUGAGGGAGCCACUCUUGCGAGGGAUCAUUACGGAAGGCAGGAACGCUGGUGAGAGAAAGAAUCCGAAUUGAGGCGGAGCAAUGGGAGGACCCGACCUAGCUGGCUCUGGUCGCGCGCGCACACAGCUGGAGCGCCGGACAUCUUUGCUUGCUUCCUUGCUGGUUUUCCCGGGCCAUGCCUCCAGCCUCGCCCGGACUGCGGCGCGCUUUGUUGUCGGCUACGGCUACGCCUUGAACUCCCUUCCUCCUUGGCUAUGGCGGGCAGCCUGCGGCAGAUCGCGCUAGCGGGAGCUGCGGCUGUCGUCACCGGUGGGGUCGCCUAUGCUGUUUGGAGGAGCUAUUGCCCCCCUAAAGUUUCUCAGGGGCCCGAGGAGCAGCCGCCGCCCUUGCUCAUCGCUGAAGGAAGGGCUGGCUGCACAAGGCCACCGGAAAGCCAGGAUAUACCACCAGGCAAGCAAAUCUUGGUUCUGGGCUUGGAUGGGGCUGGAAAAACCAGUGUGCUCCACUCAAUAGCAACUAAUCAAGUAAAGCGCAGCACAGCUCCCACGGAGGGCUUCAACGCAGUUUGUGUCAGCACAGAAAAAACCAAGAUGGAAUUCCUAGAAAUCGGAGGCAGUGAGUCUUUACGGGACUAUUGGAAGAUGUACUUGCCAAGAAUCCUGCUACUAAUCUAUGUUGUGGAUUCAGCAGAUCAUGGACGCUUUCCUGUUGCAAAGAAGCUCCUUCAUCAGUUGGUCCAGAGUAACUCUACUUUGCCUGUUAUGAUUCUAGCCAAUAAGCAGGAUCUUGAAGGUGCAUACUGUAUCACAGACAUUCACGAUGCUUUGGCAUUAUCUGAAAUUGGAGAUGAGAGAAAGAUGUUCCUGAUUGGUACACAUGUGGCAGAAGAUGGCUUGGAGAUCUCUUCCAGCUUGAAAGACGCACAGGAACUGAUUGCACAGCUGGUAUCAGAAACUCUGUGAUAGAACUGGACUUAGGGUAUCACAUUAGGAGAUAGAGUUUUCCUGUCUUGCCAGCUUGCAAACCAUAAAUAGUGUUGUUUUAACGUUCACAUCUUGUGGUGGUUAUCUUCGGGAAUGGAAUUGCUGUGAAGGUGAUCUUGGAACUUGUGAAGAACCUUUUGGUUUAGUUUUGUAAACUAUAGUAUAUAUGUGUUUGAACAGCAGCCCUCUUUAAAAUACAUGGAAUAAAAUGGAGGUUAUUUGACACCCCAAGUUAAGAAGCCAAACACUGUGUGGGCAACUGCUGUUGACUUCAGUUGAGGCUGUAUGGUAGUUUAUGCUGGUUGAGAAGAUGACUGAUGGAAGAGAAGUAUGCAUCUACACUAGAGGGUGAUUGUGCUCAGAAUGUAGCUCCAAGAUCCAAAUAACUAGUGUGCUGGACCCUGACCCAGGGAGGCACCACUGGGUUUGCAUUUCUCAAGAACUUCAUGGAUGUGUUCUUUUAGGCUUACUGCCUUAAUCAGACUUUUCCUAAUACUUACUCUUUCUUCUUCUUUCUAAUGUUUAGAGAAGCCCACAGAAAGAGCCCAGAUCAAGAGAGAGCUGAUGGGCCUGGUCAGAUGUUAUUUUCCUCCUCGAAUUUAGAGUGAGGAGAGUAUAAUAGGCUUUUUUAAAGAGAGGAUUUUGUCUUUCAGGGACAGGAACUUCUGUAUUCAGAUAACAGUAGGACCUCUCAGUUCAGUCACUUAUUUACUUUGCCAUGGUAAAGGGGCAGAGAGAGAGAGAGAGAGAGAGCAACCCAUUCCUGAUCUCGCUGCAGAAUAAUUCCAGAGAGAAACAAUGUCAGAAAAGGGUCACAGUUCUUAAUUAUUCUCCCAGUUGUAUUAGCUCGCAAUACUGGAAAAUCUAGACCAAGGAUAGGCAAAGUAUGUUCAAGUUGCUCCUGUAGUCUGCAUGACUUUUGUAUGGCCCUUUGACCAGUUGGUCUGGGAGGAGAUCGUGAGACAACUAAGUGGCUCAUAGAGCAUUUUUUCUUUACAUUGAUAUCUAAAGAGUGACAUUCUUUCUGCUUCAUUAAGACUUGGAGGAAAAUUUCUAACAUUUCUAACAUUUCUUUGUCUGGACUGUGGCAAGAGGGCAGAAAGAGGCAUUUCAGAGGGAGCAAGGAGAAUGGCAGAUGCUUCCUCUAUUUAAAGCUCCAGAGGCUGGGAAUGGAGGAAGAAGAGUCACCAGCCAAGCUUGACCUCUCAUUUUAUUCUGGGUUACAUUGGCUAGAUAAUGUAAUACCUCUUACUUAUUUACUAAUCAAAGAUCAGUGAAGCUUCAUGCCCAUAUGAUUCUAGGUUGAGGAGCAAAGUCAGACCCUCCUUUAUUGUCUUCCUCAAACUAGUUGCUUGUCUGCCUUUUUGUUUCCUUUGACAUUCUCUGAGUGGCUAUUUUAUAUAAUUACAUAUUUUUAAGAAGUUUACACUGUAGAGGCCAGGAUAGUUGGUGCCUUACCCCCUCAGAAUGUAGUCUUUUAAAUUCACGACUAUGGUUGCAGUUUCAUGGUUUGCUGUGGCUCUGAGUCUUGAUGUUUGGAGUAUUAGCCCUGUCCUAUAAGCCCACCUUUUUGCCUACUAUGUUCCACCAACAGCCUGACACAAACUGGGGUGAGGGACUUUCAUUUGUCAAAGAAAAGGGCUUGAUUACCUUGUUCUAGGACAACUGCAUACAUGGAGACUAGGGAUUUAUCUGAUAAACAUGCAUUUUAGAGUUGCCACAGACCAGAUGUGAGCUUAGAGCCAGUUAAAAUAGGAAGAUUGGCUCACACAAAGCACAUCCUCAUGCAUUAGUUUCACAUGUUUGGCUGUUAUGUCUAAAGGGUCAUCAACCUUGCACACAUUAGCAAGGCCAGUGGAGCUGUCAUCCAGAAUACGAAAAACAUGCAUGGGGGAUGGGAAGCACAUGGGUUAAGAGUCCUUUAAACAUGAUAGCAUAACGUAUGAAAUCUUGCCCAGGUAUGUGCCUUUUGCCCACUAGCACCAUGUUUGAAUCUGCCAUUAGGGCAAAACUACAUGUGAUGAGGCAGACCUAUGCCUUUUCAGAUACAUGUUGCUGCCAAACCCUGGUAGGUGGGGAGGAUGAUUUUUCAGAUGGAAAAGGGGGCUGAGGUCCUUAAACCCUUCCUUUGUUUCUUCCCCCCCCCCAGCUGCUUGACACUCAGUUGUUUCAGAGACUAAAAUUGAGUCUACCUAUGUGAGGAAAUGGCUGGUGGGGAGGGCUUCAUCCUGCAAGAAAGGGUCAGGGAAGUAAAAGGUGGAAAAGGGAUUCAACAGUGUCCUCCCAUCCUCUCCUUCUCCUCUUGAAAUCAUAGCUAUGCAUGCAUGCACACAUUUUUACAACCAAUCAGUGGCAGCUUCUUGCUUGAAAUCAUGCAUCUGCUGCUAUCGCAUCUAAUUCCACCCUUAAAAUGGUAGCUGUCCCUGGAAGGUCUGAAACAAUGUUAUCAAAUGCCAGCAUCAAUAAAACAAAAUUCAUGUCUGACUAUCUCCUCAUAUCUUCCUCAGGUGAUGUUACUAAUGCAGACCAAAUUGUAUUGACAGUGACAAGAUAAGGAUAACUGUACUUUUAAUUACACUGGAAAAAGCACUGUGUGUACAUAUAUGCCUACAUACCUUGCAAUUUUUUUUAACAGUAGAUAUUUCUAGGAAUGGUUUUUCCCACUUGUAUGCUGAAGCAGUUCCUCUAUAUAAAGCCAGAAUGUUUUUAUCCUGCUUUGCUGUUUCGGUUAAAUUUAUAAACAUGAUGUGUGCUA